CGGCGCGAUGCUACGGAGUGUCACGCCCAUGUGUCUCUAGGCUAACUCUUCGUCACUCUCACCUCGCAUUUUGUACACAGGGGUCUUCAAUGUAAAAGUAUUAACUGGCAUGCAUCAUUGAGAUCAUCGAAGUAAAAGGAUUUACUAAAAUGCAGCAUUGAGUCCAUCCAAGAAAUGACAUACUAAAAUGCAGCAUUGUCAGAACCGGGGAUGACGGAAUGGCCAUUCUACAAUCAUGUUGUUGUUGGCGAUCUCUACGAAAAGGGAGCUACGCCAGCGCCAUCUAUACAGCUAGCUACUUCUCAGUAACGAUCGUGAUUGUAAGCAAGUUUCUGCACGAAGAGAGGCUCUACUUAACUGGAAACAUGACUCAACCUAUCAGCGACAGUUUCCUCGAGCCAGAAACCAUAUCACCAACAACGAUGGUGUUCAACAUGGUGGUUCUGGUGUGUGCAUCGUUGGGGUUCUUUUCCUGUCUUCUUCUCAUGUACGGCUUGUUUUCUGACAAGAGAGUGUUCCUGAUCCCUUGGAUCUUCAUAGUCAUGAUGACAACCAUGGUGGACCUCGCUCAUUCUCUCUAUCUGUUCGCAUUGGAAACUAUGAGCUUCAAUCCUAUGACUGCAAUACUGUUCACCUUAGACUUCUUUCUUCUAUGUCUCAAUGUAUACUGCCUACUGUGUGUAGUAUCCCAGUAUCAGGAGUACAAGGCUGGACGAGGCACGGCUGGCCAUGAUGAGUUAGACCGUCGAGCUCGUAUCAAAGUGAGCCUGCUUAUUCCUCCAGUGCGAUACGUAGCCCAGCCCACAGGGACAAGCUGCCUGAGCACCAGACGGGCUGCUACCUACCACGAGACAAGGGCUUCCCCCACCCAGAGUCCCACAGCCCCCCACCCCACUCUGCCAGUGGGGGAUCCGCGCAUGCGCAGCAAUAGCAAACACGUCCAGUUCGGUGGGAAUAAUGACUGCCUCCACGUGAACUGGAGGCCGCCUGAUAUAGCUAGAGGUGUUUGUGUUACAGAGUCCAGUAAGUCUUUGGUAGUCGACACAGAGCUGCUUCUGCCCGCAAGUCCGACAACGCCGAACAGCGUCCAGUUCUUCGACCCCAAGUAGCAUUCAGCCCUUCGCCCUUUGGAGACUGAUCUUUAGUGGCGAAAAACGAGGUUUCACAUCUUCUAAGUUCCUUAUAAUGAGGCGAGGAUGGAUCACAUCUUAGCUUGUCUCAGGAGAAAAGGGAACUUCACUUCUUAGUGAAUGGUUCCUUCUGCAAGAAAAAAAAAACUUUGAAUCUUAAUGGUUACUGCAUGGUGGCAAGGAACUUUUAUUAUUGAUUGGAUUCUAGUAGCAAGAAAAUAGACAUCUUUAUCCUAGAAGCUCUAACAGUGUGCAAAGGAACAUUCAGAAAGACUAACCCAUUAAUCUCUUCGGUGUGUGACACUGUUGAAGAUGAGGUAUAUGUGUUAAAUGGUAUGUUUUACUAUGACAUAUCAGUAAUUUAGUUGGAUACGAUGGACAAAACAAUAUUUCAAUUAUAUGAAAAGAGAGUUUGUGACCAAAUCGAAACAAUUUUGGAAUGGUUUACAUUUUACAUUGAGCAAUUAAAAAAAUUGUUAUAAUAUUUUAAUAAAAAAAGCUUUUUUUGUUACUACUGUAAUUUUACAAUAUAUUCCAAAUGAACUAAUUACAUCUCUGGGUUUUGAAAUGAUCUUGUUAACAAUACGCACACUGAUAAUUAUUAACUGCCAAUAAAACGGGUGGCAUAUAAUUAAAAUUUAAAUUUAAUAAGCUAUAAUUCCUCCUAUAAAUUUUAAAUGUUGGAAUACUGUAGAUGUAGGAGUAUUAUUCCUAAUUAAUUAUCUCGAUUUAGGUAUAAUAUAUACAUAUAAAAACCAUUGCAUAAAACAGCCUUUUUACGUCAGAUAUUUGUUUGAAAAAAAAACAACAGGUAUUUUUCAAUGUUUGUUCAACUAGCCGUAGUAAUGCAGAAUUUUUGUUUUUUUUUGUAAAAUUAGAAAAGAGUGCCUUGAUAUAUGAAUAGAGUAUGUAAGCAAAGAUUCUGCCAUCAAUAACAUGGUUUUCCUCCUUAGUUACCUCUAUGUAUACUUCCCUGUAAGUUGAUAUCAUAGAGAAUAAUCCAUAACUAUUUUUGAAUUCGUGUAUAACUUUGUUACUUUUUGCCUGUUUGUAUUUUAGUAUAUAAUUUGUAAUGUAUAUAACUGUAAUCUUGUUCAUUUUGCACUUUUAUGUGAUCGUCCAAAUCACACAUAACAUUGUACUUUAAACAAGUUUGCUUUACCGAAACAAUUUACUUCAUCAAUCAAACUAUUUAUGCUUUGCAUACUGUGAAACGGCUGUUAUUUGCCUGCAAUACUUUUUACAAUUAGGUAAAGUUUGUGCAAUUGGUUGAAUAAAUGGAAUGAAUUUUGCAAAUCCUUAAUAACACAACUAUCAAUAUGGUAGAAAUUUUUUUAGAAUAAAAAAAUAAAUGUCGAACCUUCAUCACAAAUACUUUAUAGGCAUUUUUUUAGAAUAACGAUUAAAUCUUUUGCUUCAUACUUUUAAAAUUAAGAAAUCUUAAAUGAUAUUGGUGCUUCUUUAUAAGCUGAGAUGAUAAGAUCUUAAGUAUUAAUAAUCUUAAAGCUUUUUAAUUUUUUAAACUACAU